AUGGAAUGGAGGUGCAUAAUUGAUUUUUCUUCUUUCUUCCUCUUUGAGGCCACCGGAGACUCUGAGGCAGCCUCUGAUCCUCUGGGAGACUCCAAGGCAAGCUCCGGCGACGUCGACGUCAUGGAAAAUGAUGAUGCCGAGUCAUGCAGUUGCGACGUUCAUGAGGUGAGCUAUUUUGAGGAUAAAGAUUUUGAUGACUUGCGCAUUGGCGGCGAUGAUAUCGGUUAUUAUGGCAGUGGCGGCGAGGGUGGCCUGGACUUUGCUCUGGCGGAGGAGGUGGAGAUGGAGGUGGAAUCCGGCGGAGGAGGUGUUGAUGGAAGUAGGAGGAUGAUGAUGGAUGAGAUGGAGAAUAAGCUCUUUUGGGAGGCCUGCUUGGAAGUUGGCUACCCAUGA